CGAGUGUCUGAAUUACCGAAGAAGAAGAAGAACAACCUUCCGCUUCGUCUUAACAGGCGUUACAAAACAAGCUGAGCUCGCAGCCCCGGCUUUUCUAAUGCUUCGCAGCGAAUGGGGUUUGAUCAGUUCUGUAGCGUGGACAGGUCCGAUCCCCUGUGGGAUUGGAACCGUACAUGGUACACCGAUAAUCCCGACUUCACCCAGUGUUUCCAGAACACUGUCUUGGUGUGGCUGCCAUGCUUCUACCUUUGGAUAUGUGCACCCUUUUACCUCGUCUACCUCCAUACCCAUGACCAUGGAUAUAUAUGUAUGACUCACCUCAACAAAGCCAAAACUGCUGUUGGCUUUUUACUUUGGAUUAUCUGCUGGUCAGAUGUCUUUUAUUCUUUCUGGGAAAGGAGUCAUGUGAGCAGCCCAGCACCUGUCCGCCUCGUCAGUCCGACCUUACUGGGCCUCACCAUGCUGUUGGCUGUCAUGUUAAUCCACUAUGAGCGGAUGAAGGGGGCUCAGUCAUCGGGGGUGAUGCUGAUCUACUGGCUGCUGGCACUGCUGUGUGCCACUGUCACCUUCAGGUCAAAGGUCUUCCAGGCCUUGGAGCAGCCUCAGACAGUGUGUGUGUGGAGGUACACCACCUUCUACAUCUACUAUGCUCUGCUGCUGAUUGCUCUGUUCCUGUCCAGCCUGACCGACCAGCCACCCCUCUUUUCCCGGGAAGUUAAAGACUCUAAUCCGUGCCCUGAGCCUGGAGCGUCUUUCCUCUCCAGAAUAACCUUCUGGUGGAUCACCAGAAUGAUGAUGACAGGCUACAGGCGCCCACUGGAGGAGAAGGACCUGUGGUCUUUGAACGCUGAGGACUGCUCCCACAGAGUCGUCCCACAGUUGGUCAAACGCUGGAACACACAGUGCCAAAAAUUUAAAAGGUCAGAGGAGAAAAUGCUGUACUCGUCCAAGCGAGUGCCCCACAGUGAAAACCCUCAGCGCCAAGCUGUGGAAGAGUCUGAGAUCUUGAUUCUGAGACCUCAAAAGAAAAAUAAAGAGCCCUCACUGCUGUGGGCCUUGUGCCUCACGUUUGGGCCCUACUUCUUCAUCUCCUGCAUCUAUAAAUUAAUCCAGGACAUCCUAAUGUUUGUUGGCCCUGAGAUCCUGCGACUGCUUAUCCAGUUUGUCAAUGACUCCAGCGCCCCCUCCUGGCAGGGCUACUUCUACGCUGCUCUGCUCUUCGUCUGCACCUCCGUGCAGUCACUCAUCCUGCAGAAGUACUUUCAUGUAUGCUUUGUGUCAGGCAUGCGCUUACGCACUGCAGUCAUUGGAGCCGUCUAUAGGAAGGCCUUGGUCAUCAGCAGCGCGGCACGGCGAACCUCUACAGUGGGAGAAAUCGUCAACCUGAUGUCAGUGGAUGCGCAGCGCUUCAUGGAUCUCAUCACGUACAUCAACAUGAUAUGGUCUGCUCCUCUGCAGGUGGUCCUGGCCCUCUACUUUCUUUGGCAGAACCUGGGUCCGUCUGUGCUGGCUGGAGUGGCUGUGAUGGUCCUCAUGGUUCCUGUUAAUGCUGUAAUUGCAAUGAAAACCAAAGCUUACCAGGUGGCUCAGAUGAAGAAUAAAGACAAUCGCAUUAAGCUGAUGAAUGAGAUGCUGAAUGGCAUCAAAGUGCUGAAGCUGUAUGCCUGGGAGCUGGCCUUCAAAGGAAAGGUGUCAGACAUUCGUGAAAGUGAGCUGCGUGUCCUGAAAAAGGCUGCCUACCUGGGGGCGGUGUCCACCUUCACCUGGGUCUGUGCACCAUUCCUUGUGGCCCUGUCAACCUUCGCUGUGUACGUGCUGAUUGAUGAACAAAACGUGCUGGACGCCCAGAAGGCCUUUGUGUCGCUGGCGCUCUUCAACAUCCUGCGUUUUCCUCUCAACAUGCUGCCGAUGGUCAUUAGUAGCAUGGUGCAGGCCAGCGUGUCCCUGAAGCGACUCCGGGUGUUUCUGUCACACGAGGAGCUGCAGUUGGACAGCGUGGAGCACAAAGCAGCAGAAGGCUCCCAGCACAGCAUCUCUGUGACCGACGGGACUUUCACCUGGUCCAGAACCGAAUCACCAACACUCAAGAGGGUUCUGUGGCGUACGUUCCCCAGCAGGCCUGGAUCCAGAAUUCCUCUUUAAAAGACAACAUAAUCUUUGGUCAAGAGAGGAGACAGUCCUGGUAUCAGCAUGUGGUGGAGGCAUGUGCCCUUCAGCCUGACCUUGACAUACUUCCUGCAGGAGAUGACACUGAGAUAGGAGAGAAGGGAGUGAACCUGUCAGGAGGUCAGAAGCAGCGGGUGAGCCUGGCCAGGGCCGUCUACUGUGAUCGUGCCGUCUACCUGCUGGAUGACCCGCUGUCUGCUGUCGAUGCUCACGUAGGGAAACACAUCUUUGACCAAGUCAUCGGCCCACAGGGACUGCUGAAGGACAAGACUCGUGUGCUGGUUACCCACGGCUUGAGCUACCUGCCCCAAGCUGACUUGAUCCUGGUCAUGAUGAAGGGCGAGAUCUCAGAGGUGGGCUCGUACCAGCACCUCAUGGCCACAGAGGGAGCCUUUGCAGAGUUCCUGCGAACUUACGCUGCAGUCGACAAAGCUGAUAACAUUGAGCCCGUGCCAAACAGCAGCAUCCAACGACUGGAGAACGGCAGCGUGCCCACUCUUACUGGCAGUCCAGGUGUCUGCACUGCAUCCAAACAGUCAACCACAGCAGACGAGAAGCUGAGCAAGAAGCCCAAGAAUCCCGAGGUGGGGAAGCUGACGGAGGCUGACAAGGCCAGCACUGGGCAGGUUAAGCUGUCUGUCUUCUGGGCCUAUUUUAAGUCCAUUGGAGUGUUUCUGUCCUGCAUCAGUCUUCUGCUGUUUCUUGCCCAUCACCUGCUCUCCCUGUUCUCCAACUACUGGCUGAGUCUGUGGACCGAUGACCCUGUGGUUAAUGGCACGCAGCCUAACAGACUAAUGAGACUGGGGGUGUAUGGUGCCUUUGGCCUGUCUCAGGGUGUGGCUGUCUUUGGAUACUCCCUGUCCAUGUCUAUUGGGGGUGUUCUGGCGUCCCGGUACCUCCACCAGUCCAUGCUGUACGAUGUCCUGCGCUCACCUAUGUCCUUUUUUGAGCGAACCCCCAGUGGUAACCUGGUCAACCGCUUUGCCAAAGAGAUGGACACCAUUGACACGCUGAUCCCCAGCAUUAUUAAGAUGUUCCUGGGCUCCAUGUUCAACGUGCUGGGCUCUUGUGUUAUCAUCCUGAUUGCCACACCUCUAGUCAGUAUCAUCAUUCCUUUCCUGGGUCUGCUCUAUUUUUUUGUGCAGAGGUUUUAUGUGGCGUCAUCUCGCCAGCUGAAGCGUCUGGAGUCGGUCAGCCGUUCCCCAAUUUACACCCACUUCAAUGAGACCCUGCUGGGCACGUCGGUUAUCCGAGCCUUCAGUGAGCAGGAGCGUUUCAUCCAUGAGAGCGACCAGCGCGUGGACCAUAACCAGAAGGCUUACUAUCCCAGCAUAGUGGCUAACAGGUGGCUGGCGAUUCGCCUGGAGUUUGUGGGAAACUGCAUUGUGUCAUUUGCUGCUUUGUUUGCUGUCGUUGCCAGACAGAGCCUCAGCCCAGGCAUCAUGGGACUGUCCAUCUCCUAUGCCCUCCAGCUAACUACCUCACUUACCUGGCUGGUUAGGAUGUCUUCUGAUGUGGAAACCAACAUCGUGGCUGUGGAGAAAGUGAAAGAAUACAGCGACACAGAGAAAGAGGCGGAGUGGAAACAUGAGCCCUCCACCCUUUCCCCAGGCUGGCCUACUAAUGGCUGCAUAGAGAUGAGAAACUUUGGCCUGCGCUACCGCCAAGAUUUGGAUCUGGCCAUCCGCAACAUUACCAUCUCCAUUAAUGGAGGAGAGAAGGUGGGGAUCGUGGGACGCACGGGUGCAGGGAAGUCUUCCCUAACGCUGGGGCUCUUCCGCAUCAUCGAGGCAGCCGAGGGCCAAAUAUUCAUUGAUGGAGUGGACAUUGCCAAGCUUGGCCUCCAUGAGCUUCGUUCCAGAAUCACCAUCAUACCACAGGACCCGGUGCUGUUUUCAGGCUCCUUGAGGAUGAACUUGGAUCCUUUUGACUCCUACACUGACGAGGAAGUAUGGCGGGCUUUGGAAUUCUCCCAUCUUAAGACCUUUGUGUCCAGCCUGCCCAACAAGCUUAACCACGACUGCAGUGAAGGAGGAGAGAACCUGAGCGUGGGUCAGCGGCAGCUGCUGUGCCUAGCCAGAGCUUUGCUGAGGAAGACCAGGAUCCUUGUUCUGGAUGAGGCCACGGCAGCUGUAGACAUGGAGACGGACAACCUGAUCCAGUCCACCAUCCGCUCUCAGUUUGAGGACUGCACUGUCCUCACCAUAGCGCAUCGCCUCAACACCAUCAUGGACUACACCAGGGUUUUGGUGUUGGAGAAUGGAGAGAUGGCAGAAUUUGACUCGCCCUCCAAUCUCAUCAGUCAGAGAGGCGCCUUUCACAAGAUGGCCAAGGAUUCUGGACUCGUCUGAAGCCGGGGAGUGUCACUAUGUCGGGCCUCCUGUCUCCUGCUGCAGAGAGCUGAUGUUUCCAAUGAGAGGGACACAGUCCUACGUGCCAAUGACCUUCUUUGCUUUGAAACCAGCAGCAGUUUUCAUUGCACAAGGAGGCUGGGCCUACUUACAUAAAGAGAAUAUCACCACCAGCAGUUUGGGGUCUGUUUGUGUUGCCCUGACAAAGUUCAUACCACAUAUCAAGAUUACCACGUGAAUAUCAAAGCCCCCACAUUUUUAUGAUGGGAUAAAGAAGCUCGAUCUGUGGGUCUGCCUCUUAUAUCCACACUGUCCACUGUUAAACUCCUCGACAACAUGCUUUCAUCAUCAUUAUUACAGUAGUAAACACGAGUCAUUCAUACAAGCAGUGAUUCUGGAGCUGAGGCACAGCUUGAUUGUACCUGCAUGCACACUACAAGAGGAAAUUAGUUUAAAUGUAAGGAAUCAGGAAUGUUCCAGUUUAACCUUUGUAACAGGGAAGGAUGUGGGACAUGCUGCGACCAAGCUGAUUGGUCAGAAUCAUACAUCAAUCACAGAGAAAAUACAGACGCACAGCUGCUGUUGAAGUCACUGGACUGUUACUUCUCAUUCAGCACUGACUAUUUAUUGUCUUUCAGUUACAGCUUUCCAUUGUGCUUUUGCUGAAUGUGUUGGAGGCUUUAUUCAUGUAAGAAAUGGUUCUAGAGCUUAUUUUAUUUUGAUUAUUAAAACAAAGACUGUUGCUCUGUCUUUGGUAUGCAGCCAAAUCUGUCCUGCGCUUUGCUUGCACUCUGUUUUCAGCGGUACGGCGCCUCUGAUGGAGUCAGAAACAGGUCAACUAUGGGAUGUGGACAAACUGUUUGAAUCUACAUGUUGUGUAUCUUUGGAAAUGUAUAUACCUGCCUUACACAAAUAAAGUUAGACAAUGGCAACAAA